ACAUCAUAAUCAUAAACAAGUAUUGUACCAGUAGAAUAUAAAACUUAUCGUUAGUCGUAUGUAGUUCUCUUGUGACACGUAACGCUAUUACCCUUGUUUUUCAUAACUUUCAUUAUUUUUCAUAACUUUCAUUAUUGCAAUAACGUAGAUAAAGAAAUGUCACCUAAUCCGCAAAUUGAAAAUAAGGAAUCCGGGAAAUGUGCAAUCCAGGAAGAAGACGAAGUUCCAUUCCAGAGAGUGAACAAUACUAUCAUUGGCAAAAAUUGUUCAAGUAAUUAUAUAAAUCUUGGAGAUUUGAUUUUAAGCGCAUUUAUAAGUAGGCCAAAAUUCGUUGGCCAGAUAGAUGCGGAAACGGGAGAAGAAGUUACAUUCCAGCAGAUGAGGGAGAAGAGCGUGAAGUUAGCAUUAUGGCUAAAAAAACAAGGCAUUAAAGAGAACGACGUAGUAACGAUAUGCACACGCAAUCAAAUGCAAGCCUACAUGCCGUUUCUAGCAUGCAUAUAUCUCAAUCUUACUGUGAAUCCGUGGGAUACCGGAUAUUUGAAAGACAAUAUAAGAGUUCUUUAUUUUUUAUUGGAAUUUAAUCCAGACGUAAUUUUUAUUGACGAUGAAAUUAGUUUACUUCUCAAAUGGGCUCUCCUGCUCAUGCAAUACCGCGAUAUACCAGUUUUUUCGAAAGUAAUAAUUCUUGAUGAAAAAUUACACAGUGAAUAUGACUCUCUCGGCUCAAUCUUGAGCAGCGAGUUUGAUCAGUUUGACAUCGAUAUGUUUACGUGCGCAGAACAUAAUGAAAAGAAAAAUACGAUAACGAUGUUUUCUUCCAACACGGCGAAUUAUCCUGGCCAGGCGCUCAUUUCUUACGGAGCGUUCCUGGCUCCAUCGAACGAUCAAACGCCGAUUAUGAAAUCCGACGACAUUGGUCUUUGGUACGAAUCUCUAAAUUGGACUCAUAGUCUACUGUUGACUAUUCGUUGUAUACUUUGGUAUGUGACAGCGAUCAAGCCAUCCACGUUCGAUCAAGAAAAUUUAUGCCAAAUAAUAGAUAAAUAUAAGGUGACGUGGGUGUUUCUUAAAAGCAAUAUGUGCAAUAAAUUAUCUAACACCGACAUUUUUAAAAAAUACAAACUCUCUUCCUUGAAAAAAGUGCUAUUCGGUGAUACAGCAAUUAGACGCGAAGUUCAGGAAGGUCUUAUCAAAUCGUUACCGAACGCAUCUAUCGUUCAAGUAUACUGUCUUUCGGAAACAGGUGUAAUCGCUUAUCAACGGCAUACCGGUAAGAUCGGGUCUAGCGGUUACGUGAGUAAUAAUGUUCGAUUAAUGUUUGUUGAUUUGAAAACGAGACAACCGGUGGGUCCAAACACAUGUGGCGAAAUCUGGUGCCAAACUCCAAUCACAUUGACAGUUCCUGACCUGAUAAAAACAUUAGAGAGUAAAUACGAUGUGAAACGUACGAACGAAGGAUGGUAUUAUACCGGAGAUGUGGGCUACUUUGACGAAGACGGCGAUAUUUUUGUCAUUGGUAAAUUGAAAGAUAUGAUUAAAUGUAAAGAUUGUAAUAUUUCGCCGACAAAAAUCGAAGAAGUAUUACAACGUCAUCCAGAUGUAUCCGAAGCUGCCGUGGUUGGUCUGGAAGAUGAAAUCGAGGGCCAGGUUCCGCAAGCAUUUGUUGUAAAAAUGCCAGGAGCAAAGGUGACGAAAGAAGAACUAAUGGAAUUUGUGGAAGAUAAUAUAAACGACGACAAUUAUGCACUUCGUGGGGGACUGUGCUUCCUUAAAAACAAAAUGCCAUACCUUCCCAAUGGAAUAAUCGAUCGAUCGAGGGUUAAACAUAUGUUAUGUAUAGAUGACGAUUAAGAUAAAGAUAAAGAUGUGAAGAUGAGUAAGCCUACAUUUUAUGAUUAUCAAAAGUAUACAUAACAUAUCAAUAAGCCAUAUAAAAUGUUCAUUAUUUAUAAUAAUUUAUAUGUCAUUACAUUAUAUAUCUAAAUCUCAAAUUUAAACUAAAUUUAAAAUUCCAUUAAAUUUUAUUUAAUUAACCAUAAUAAAAUUAAUCAAAAAAUGUAUAUUGUUUGUUCGCUCUCCAAUUCAUAAAGAGCAGUCCGUUUUUUUUUAUUGCCAAUAAAAAUAUGCUUUUAAAACAUCCUGUAUA